CAAUCCUCUCCCUUACAAGGUCAACACUAUGAUCAUCGUCAUCAUCUUCAUCAUCUUCUUCUUUACGGAUCCUUCAAUCUCGACCGUUGAUUCCCAUCCUUUAGAUCCUCUAUCUCCUCAAGAACUCUCUAAUGUCCAAACCAUUGUCAAGACUUACUUUUCCAAUCCUCACAACAACAAAGUUGUAGUCUUUCACUAUGUUGGCCUUGAAGAACCAGACAAGUCCCAGGUGCUCGCGUGGCAAUCAAGUCCGGGACCUCGGUCCCGGCCACCUCGCUGCGCAUUCGCUAUCGUCCGCGUCGACGGUGGGACCCACGAGCUCGUUGCCGACCUAUCAACUUUUUCGAUCGUAUCGCAUAAUCGUUAUGAGGGACCCGGCUACCCGGCCUUGACCCCGGCCGAUCAAGCGGCGGCGGUCAAUUUGUCGAUGUCGUAUCCGCCGUUUAGGGCCUCGAUCGCGAAACGAGGACUCAAGUUUGAAGAAGUAGUUUGCAUGAGCUUCACCGUCGGAUGGUACGGCGAGAAGACGACCCCGAGGAUCGUUAGGAACAUGUGUUAUUACAUGGACGGUACGGUCAAUCUUUACAUGAGGCCGAUCGAGGGGAUCACCGUGACCGUCAAUCUUGAUAUGAUGGAGAUUGUCGGAUUUCGAGACCGGUUAAUAGUUCCCGUGCCUAAAUCCGAUGGCACGGACUAUAGGGGAUCGGUUCCCGACCAAUGGUCGGGGUUGAGCUUGAAUCGCUCGGCCGAGGCCCGGCUAGACGUGCCGGGAAUCGUACUGGAUGGACAUGUACUAAGAUGGGCAGAUUGGGAGUUCCAUGUCUCCUUCGACAUGAGGGCCGGUUCGGUCAUCUCAUUGGCGUCGAUCAAAGAUUCCGGCACGGCGGAGCGCCGGCGCGUGAUGUACAGAGGGUACAUAUCGGAGCUUUUCGUGCCCUACAUGGACUUGACCGAGGAAUGGUACUACCGAACCUUCUUCGACUCCGCCGAGUACGGCUUCGGCCGUUACACCGUCCCGCUCGUACCGUUAAAGGAUUGCCCGGCCAACGCUCGAUACAUCGACGGGUACUACACGACGGAGGAUGGAACUCCCGGGUGGUCUCCGAACGCCGUGUGCAUCUUCGAACGAUACGCGGGGGAUGUAAUGUGGCGCCAUACCGAGCUCGGAAUCCCUGGGAGAACAGUUACCGAGGUUCGGCCGGAGGUGAGCCUCGUCGUUAGAAUGGCGACGGCCGUGGGGAAUUACGACUACAUUGUCGAUUGGGAAUUCAAGAAAACCGGCGUCAUCAAAGUCGCCGUCGGGAUGACAGGGUUACUCGAAGUUCGGGGAUCGGUCUACACGCACGACGAUCAAAUACACGAGGAAGUUUACGGGACGAUACUAGCCGAGAACACGAUUGGCGUGAACCACGACCAUUUUGUAGUUUUCCACAUCGAUCUAGACAUCGACGGCGAAAAAAAUUCGCUCGUCAAGACGAAGCUAGAGACAGUUCGCGUCGAUGGCAAUGCAUCGCCGAGGAAAAGCUAUUGGCGAGCGAGGCGGGAAGCGGUUAAAACCGAAUCCGACGCAAGAAUUAGGCUCGGCACGGGAGUGACCGACGUGAGCGUUGUGAACCCGUGUAAGAGAACUAGUGUAGGAAACUUCGUAGGGUAUCGGUUAGUCGCCGGAUCGACGUCGACUUCCCUAUUGUCUGACGACGAUUAUGCACAAAUCCGGGGGGCGUUCACCAAAUACGACGUGUGGGCUACGCCGUAUAGAAAAAGAGAAAAAUGGGCGGGAGGGUUGUAUGGCGACCAGAGCCGUGGCGACGAUAGCCUCGCCGCGUGGAGCCAAAGGAAUAGGGACAUCGAGAACAAGGAUAUUGUACUCUGGCACGUCGUCGGUUUCCAUCACGUACCGAGCCAAGAAGACUUCCCGAUCAUGCCAACGCUGACGAAGUCGUUCGAGCUCCGGCCGGAGAAUUUCUUCGAGCGUAAUCCGGUGCUUCGAGCGACACAAUGAAAGGAUCAUCAGCAACUGCGAUGGAUUCUAUUCUCUUCGCAUCGCUUCUCCUUAUUUGUUAUGGAGAGUCGGUCCUUACUUUCAAAGGGUUCGAAGGCUAAAUAAAA